CGAGACAAAGGAAUGUGUAGCGUUGGGGGAAAGUAGUGAUAUGUGUUGAUUUUAUUUUUCAAGCAAAGUAUAAGGGAGUUGUACUCCAGUCUAGUAGGGGGCGGUAAUGCAACAUUUAUUGGUUGCCAACCGCCGUUAAACUUAAUCGAAGAAGAUUGGUGGAGUCUGGCUGACGUUGGGAACGCAUGUGGCAGAAGUGAGAAAGAACAGCGCGAGCAAGAUGGUGGCCACCAGAAGAGGAGUACGCGUAUGCUCCCCAACUAAAACAAACUCCGAUGAAUCCUCUGGAGUUACCGCCACUCCAGCGUCCACUCGGAGAACCAGGAGGACAGCUGAUAAAGGGGAGACUGCAACCCAGUCUGAGGUUACCAGUGACUCCCAGCAAGAUGUUCCCUCCAAGGCCCAGAGCACCACCGGGAAGAGGAAGACCAGGGUGUCUAAACGCGAAACUGUCUCUGCUAACCAGGUAGACUCCACCCAUGAAGCUGACGUGUCCGAGUCAGAUUCCUGCUGUUCUGCUAUAUCAGAUAUGGAGGCUAUCCCCGACACACAGCCAGCUCGCAGGGGCCAAAGGAGAGCUGCAGGUGGGGACCAGCCUGACUCUACGAAGGAGGAGGAUGUGUCUGAGGUAGACUCUUGUUCAUUGUCUGUCUCCAGAAGACCAAACACUCGCAGAGCCACCAGGAGUCUGAGGAAGGCUGUUCUCACGGACUCUGCCAAGAAGGACAAUUAUGUUUCAGAGGCAGAGUCCUGCAGCUCUGUGGUGUCUGAGUCCAAGGUGCCUGGCUCGCAGACCAGAGUGACCAGGAGGACUGCCGUGUCCAGCAGCCGUGCUUCUUCAAUGUGUCACACCGAGGACACAGAGCUUUCUGAUCCUGAGUCCUGUCUCUCUGGUGAUCAGACCUCCACAGUGCGCAGAGUUACCAGAAGCAGGAGAGGAAGGUUUGUUGAAGCUAUCCCCAUGCAUUUGGAGGAAACCACCGAUGGCUCCAACUCUCCUCUACCCCGCAGGAGAAGCAGAGGUGUGUGUAAAGGAUGUCCCUGUGACCCUCUGAGUCCCCAGGACUCAGAGAGCUUUGCGUCUGGGCCAAGCAUGACUCCCAGGAGGUCCACUCGCAGGCUGUCUGAGCUGAAACAAACAGGCACCACUGUUUCAGACUCUGAGUCUGACCUGACUGAUGUGUAUACCCCUCUGGGGAGCCCUAGGUCGGUGAGAGGUAGGGGCACUCCCUGCAGUAGUCGCACUGGAUCCAACAGCAGUUCCAGGGCAGCACCAGUUACCCGGCUGACAGCCAAGGCCCUGGAUAUACUAGUUGAGAAAGCCCUAUGCCAGUCAGAUAAGGUGAGAGCAUCCGGGGUUGCUGAAGAAAGUGUAGUGUUGAAGGACACCGUCGACGCUGAUCCAGGCUGCUCCAUGAUAGAAGAGGUGGGGGAAGAAGAUAAGACUCUAACCGUUGAGAAUGCAGCACCUGCUCGGGAGCAUACAGGGAGUGUGACAGUCUCUGAGGAUGCAGAGAUGCCAAAGGUCACUAGUGUACAACAGGAUUCAGCCGAGACAACCGCCAGGGAAGACCCAAAGAAGAAUACCUCUAUGGUGGAUGUCCCUGUUCAGGAAAACAUACAGGAGAAGGUGACCAUCAGUGAGAGUGCUGAUACAGAGAUGGCUGAGGCAGUCUGUGAGCCUGCAGUGGAAGCAGAAGACCAGCAGAGGGAGCUGUCCACUGAGGAUGCAGCCGAUGCGGACGCCCCAGUGAUAAUUGAACAGGAGACGAUGACGCCAGCUGAUUCACAAGUCUUUCUUAAGCAAACAGUAAAAGUAGCAGCGUGUGAAAAUGUAAUGUCCCCUGUUAUAGUGGUGUCUGAGGAAGCGGAGGAAAAGACCGUGGAUGUAAACACCCACACAGAUCCUCAAUUGGAGGUAAAGAACAAGGAAUGUCAGGCAGUGCCUAGUGAGGAGGCUAUGGAUGUCAGCAGCACACUAGUAACUGAGAAUAAAACGGCUGACCAAGAUGAAGCCCCUCACACCACAGAGCCCAUUAAGGUGACCUCCAGCCUGAGCCUGAAGGUCAGUGUAUCUGAUGCUGACAAGCUAGAGGAGUCCAGAGACUGUGUCAUCAUACAGAAAUCUGGCGUGAUCAGUCUGCUGGAGAGCAGUGACGAUGAAGAGGAUGACGAUGGCAACAGUCGGCAUUCUGGGGAAGGGGAUGAGAGAGAAAGACAGGGUUCUGAUGGUGACGAGGAAGCUGUCUGUAUAGAGGAGGCGGCAGGCCCAUCCAGACCCCAAGCUGCUGCUCAGUCCUCAGCUGAUGGCCUGUUUGUCAUAGACACCCGGCCUGGCCUUCAGUCAGAUGAACAUUACUACGUGGAUGAGAAGGAAGAGGGAGACACGGAGGCCAUUGAAGAAGCGCAAGAUGAGGAAGAAUUUGUUGAUGAAGAGGGAGAUGAUGAUGAUGACGAAGAUGAACAAGUCCUCUUCACAAGCAGAAAUCCACAAUUGAAAGAGUUGUCCAGCCGUAUUGACCCGGGCCUGAAAGUGAAGGAGCUUGGGGGAUUAUACAUCAAUUUCGAUGGCAGCAAAUCAAAGACAGUCUCUAACUCCCUGAAAAAACUGAAGGAACAGAAGAGCCAAGAUGAGUUGAUGAAGAAGAGUGUUAUUGGCCCAGAGUUUGAGAAGAGAGAUUCUGUGCCUCCAUACAGGGAGUCCAAACAGGCUGCGAAACUGAAGCGCAAAGAGGAGAGGGACAAGACCACUGGAGCCGGCUGGUUUAACAUGAGGGCUCCUGAAAUGACAGAGGAAAUAAAGGGUGACCUCAAAGCACUGAAAAUGCGUGGAGCAAUGGACCCCAAGCGGUUUUAUAAGAAGAAUGAUAGAGAUGGAUUCCCCAAGUACUUCCAGGUUGCUACAGUAGUAGAUAGCCCUGUGGACUUCUACCAUUCCCGUGUCCCGAAGAAAGACCGGAAGAGAACCAUGGUGGAGGAGUUGCUUGCUGAUGCAGAGUUCAGACACAACAACAAGAAGAAAUACCAACAGAUCAUGACAGAAAAAGCAGCCAUUGGUGCUGGCAAGAAGAAUAGGAAGAGUAAUAAGUUCAGAAAGUAACAGUGACUGAGUGAUGUAAUACACAAUGCAAUCAUAUGACUGUAUUGAGACCCAUAAUAUGUUAAUGUCUUAAAUCAAAGCCUAUUAAUUAAACAUACAAUUUAGUGGCUGCAUGGGAGCUAAAGCUCUUUAUACAUUUGUCACGUAACAUGAACAAUCUGUAUCAACAUAUUUUUACUUUGUAAUUUAGAGGUUCACAUUAGUAGCUAUUAAUAAAAAACAUCUAGAUUUAUACAGUAUGUAUGCAUAGCCACAAUAAGCCUAUGCUAUACUGGCUAAGCCGACGAGGUACAGAAAACAUAUUUUCCCUGACAAAUAUCUGAUAUGGAUUGAGAUGUAUUGUUUUAGAAGUCAAAUCACUAAAAUACUACAGGAUAAAACAAACAGGACACGUCUAUUUUUAACUAGGCAAGUGAGUUAAGAAUAAAUUAUUUACAAUGAUGGCCAAACCCACAUAACGCUGGGCCAAUUGUGCGCCACCCUAUGGGAAUCCCAAUCACGGCUGGAUGUGAUACAGCCUGGAAUCAAACCAGGGACUGUAGUGACGCCUCUUGCACUGAGAUGCAGUGCCUUAGACGGCUGCGCCACCCGGCAGCCCAAGCACUAAUAUUGUUGAGAACGUGUCUGUGCUAGCUCAACUUUCAUUAUUUUAAUAAAUCAAAACCAGUUUGAA